AACACACACAAGCUCUCAAGCUUAUAAUAGAAACUCCCAAACAACACAAAACAUGGAAAAGUUACUAGUUAUAGCUCUGUUACUGAUCUUAAACUCAGUUGCCACUUCACAACCCGUGACCGAUCCGGUGGCUUUCCUCCGAUGUCUGGAACGACAGCCGACGGAUCCAGCGAGUCUGAACUCUGCCGUAGCCUACAUCCCAACAAACUCCUCCUUCACCACCGUACUCCGCAACCGCAUACCUAACCUCCGUUUCGACAAACCCACAACCCCAAAACCACUCGCCAUAGUCGCAGCCGCCACGUGGACACACAUUCAGGCGGCGCUAGGAUGCGCCCGCGAACUCUCUCUUCAGGUUAGGAUCCGAAGCGGUGGUCACGACUUCGAAGGACUCUCCUACACGUCAACCGUCCCAUUCUUCGUCCUCGACAUGUUUAGUUUCAGAACAGUCGACGUGAAUCUCACCGACGGGACGGCUUGGGUCGAUGCCGGCGUUACGACGGGAGAGCUUUACUACCGUAUCGCUGAAAAGAGCAACGUUCUUGGAUUCCCGGCGGGUUUAUGUACAACGUUAGGCGUUGGUGGACAUUUUAGCGGAGGAGGAUACGGGACGAUGAUGAGAAAGUACGGAUUGUCCGUAGACAACGUUGUCGGCUCCGGGAUCGUUGACUCCAACGGGAACAUAUUCACCGACCGGGUAUCAAUGGGUGAAGACCGUUUCUGGGCGAUACGAGGAGGUGGAGCCGCGAGUUUUGGCGUCGUGCUUGGAUACAAGAUCCGGCUUGUUCCUGUGCCGGAGAAAGUUACGGUCUUUAACGUCAGAAGAACCGUCGCAGAAGGAGGGGUUGAUCUUAUUAUGAAGUGGCAGAGUUUUGCUCAUAGUACAGACCGAAACUUGUUCGUGAGGCUUACGUUGACUUUGGUCAACGGUACAAAGCCUGGUGAAAAGAUGGCUUUGGCCUCCUUCAUUGGGAUGUAUCUAGGCGGAUCGGAUAAGACGUUCAACGUGAUGAACCGGGAUUUUCCUGAAUUAAAGCUCAAGAGAACCGAUUGUACCGAAAUGAGAUGGAUCGAAUCGGUCGUGUUUUGGGCCGGUUAUCCGAUCGGUACACCGAUUUCUGUACUACUAAACCGGACAGUGACUACUAAAGCCUUUCAUAAACGAAAAUCGGAUUAUGUGAAACGUCCAAUUUCGAGAACCGGUCUCGGUUUAAUACUCAAGAAGUUGGUGGAGGUUGAGAAUGUUAGAAUGUUUUUCAAUCCGUAUGGAGGAAGAAUGGGUGAGAUACCGAGUUCAAGGACACCGUUCCCACAUAGAGCAGGCAAUUUGUACAAGAUCGAGUAUCUCGUAAGCUGGUCGGAAGCUGGAGAGGACGUGGAGAAGAAUCAGUUGGCACGUGCCAGAGAGAUGUAUAAAUUCAUGAGCCCGUACGUGUCAAAAAAUCCGAGGGAAGCGUUUUUUAACUACCGAGAUCUUGACAUAGGGUCGAGUGUGAAUUCCACGUACGAGGAAGGUAAAGUCUACGGGGUUAAAUAUUUCAAAGACAAUUUCGAGAGGUUGGUUGAUAUUAAAACCUUGAUCGAUGCUGAAAACUUCUGGAAGAACGAACAAGGUAUACCGGUUCGAAGGUAAUAAGUGCGACAUGAGUGUUGUGGGAUUUGUGACAUGUAUUUAAGUUUUUUUUUCAAGCAAAUAAAGCAAGAAACAUGACGACCAAUAUAUAUUGUUAUGAACAAAAUCAGCAUAUACCUAUUAAAAAUAAUGCUCCCUUCAAGGGUAUUUGUUUGUUUUACGUGAGUUAGUAAUUUUGUUCAACACUUGACAA